CACGAACUAAAUUAAACUUGUUUAAUGGGCGUACAGUUAUUCUCAUUAAAUAAGAAGGGAGAACACUGUGAGAUGAUAUCUAUUGCAGAAUGUUUGGUUUCAGAUGUCAAGAGACAUGAUUUCUCAUCUCAAUAUAAUUCAAGAUUUGCUGUGGGCACCUACCUAUAUUUUUAUGCGGAUAAGGAUGUCAAAAUUACACAUGUAAGAACUCAAUUCUUGUCACCUGGAAUCACUUACACAGUGAACCUUGUGUUCAAGUUUACGUACACAGAAGAUAAGGCAAGAUGUGAACCUAUAUACCUUAAAUACAAAUUGGAAGGGGAGACAGAGAGUUCAAUUUCACACCUAGCUUGUGAUAGAGACGAUGGAUGGUGGAUGUGUGAAUUGUAUCAGUUAACUUGUGACCAGAGAAUUGUUCAUCUUCCGAUUUUGUUUGAGGGCUUCAAUCAUUCUAAUAGCAUACAAGUAGAAGGCAUCGAAUUUAAGCCCUUGGUGAACGUGGAACAUAUAGAUGAGAAGCAACCUAUAUCAAAUUUAUAUGCAAACUGGGAAGAAAAAAUGCCAACGGACUUUGAAGACAUAAUGAAAAGGUCAGAUAAUAGUGUGCGGUGGACAACCAAGGAGGAAGCAUACACAAUUAUUCGCAAAGGCUUCUUAAUCAGUGAUGAGAAGACAGAGGGAGGCAUUCUGGAACAUGAUGCAAAUUUGGAAGAUAAGUUGGCAACUGAUUAUAAAGUCAUAAAGAAAUUGUCAAAAAUAAGGCUGCCAUGGAAAAGGAAUAAGCAUAUUAUUGAUAGCAAGAAGAGGGAUAUUUGGUUUUCUCUUGAUAAAAAUGGGAAGAAAUGUCAUAUGAUAUCAUCAAGAAAGGCUGGCAUAUGGAGGUCGCACAAGGACAUAAAAUCAUUUCCUGAAUCUAGAUUUGGAGAAGCCGUUCUGUUGGAUUCUGACUAUAUUCUUAUUAAAACUGAAGUCCAGACCCAACUAGUAUCAUCUCAAACAAAAUACGCAUGUUAUCUUGUCUACAAAUUACCAGAAUACCAAUCUAGAAUUGUGGCUCCUUUCUUAGUGGAAAAUACCCUAUGCUAUUCAGAAGAGAAAAAUUGGUAUAUCUAUUUAACUAGUCCUCAAACCCCUGUUUUUAGACCAAAGGCUGGUCAAAACACCCACAACUCACUCAAUUGGCUAAAAUUGAAAGGCCUUCCACGACAAAGGAACGAUGGAUGGAUGGAAGUACAAAUAUGGGAAUUGGAAACUACUACUACAAUCAAGGGUGGAUGGAUGGAAGUACCUACUACAUUCAACGUGAGACUUACGUUAACACUUUGUGACCAAAAGAAGUUUAGUGGGCUUAUUAUUGAAGGCAUUGAGUUUAGACCCUUAUAGAUUUUCCUUUUUUUAUAAUGGACAAAAAUAA